ACACUCAUCCUCACCGUCUACGAUUGUCAAUGAUGACAUGCAGUUACGAGCUGGCGACAGCAGGAAACUACAUGGUUUGCCUUGAUAUGCAACAAUGGACCUGACUUUGUGGCAGUACCAGUUCAGGAUCAUCAUGCUGGGGGACUCCACAGUGGGCAAGUCUUCCUUGCUGAAGCGCUACACUGAAGACCUGUUCCUGGAGUCCAUCAACCAGACGGUGGGAGUAGACUUCUAUGUCCACUUCCUGGAGGUGGAGCCGGGGGUCCGUGUCAAGCUUCAGUUCUGGGACACAGCUGGACAGGAGAGGUUCAGGUCAGUGACCCGUUCUUAUUACCGCAACUCAGUCGGAGGUCUGCUGGUGUUCGACAUGACCAACCAAGCCUCCUUUGACCAUAUUAAGGAGUGGCAUGCCGAGGUGUGCGAGCGAGUGCAGCCGCAGAAGGUGCUGUUCGUCCUGGUGGGGCAAAAGAGCGACCGUGGUGAUCAGCGGGAGAGGGUGGUGAGUCUGGAGGAGGCUGAGAAACUGGCCGGGCAGCUCGGGAUGCCCUACGUGGAGGCCUCUGCCAAGACGGGUCAGAACGUGAGGGAGGCCUUUGAGCUGCUCACUCGGCGGAUCUACCAGGGUCUGUUGAGCGGAGAGGUGGAGCUGCAGGAGGGCUGGGAUGGAGUGAAGUGCGCUGCACCACGGGCGCUGCAGUUGCAGAGAGCCAGCCUGGCUCAGCCCAACACAGCACCCAAGAAGUGUUGUCCUUAAACUGUGGGCUGGCAGCGAUCACCCAUGUGCACUCAUGUUACUGUAGAACCUAGAAGCGGUUGUGGACGUUUACUGUAAUAACGUGACCAUCGUGAAAAAAUGUUUUUGCACCUUUGCUGCGAAGAUACAAUCUUAACCAUUUAGUAAUGUCAGACUGAUUUGAGGAAACAUUUUGUGUAUUUGUAUGUACAAAGCUUUGACAUUCCUGAAAUGGCUUAAAAAUUAACUUUAGAAAUAAAGGUGUUUGUAACUGAUAUUUUGCCAUGAUGGCAGCGUGGCAAUGUUGGUUAUCGCCUCUUUGGUCCAGACUGAAGUACCUAUAGAACCUUCAAACUAUUUGAUGGAUUGCCAUGAUGACAUUUUGCAGACAUUGGUGGUCCCUUGAGGAUGAAUUCAUCCGGAGUUUGGUGAUCCCCUGACUGUUCAUCUAGCACCACCAGCAGAUUGACAGGUUUGACAGGUGACAACUAUUGCAUAGACUGCUGUGGAAUUUGCUAAAGGUGUUCAUCGGGUCAUUUCAAUGACCUGAUGAAUGCUUUGGUUUACGAAAACUAAUGCCACUAAACUAAGGUUUGAGGAUGUUGAACAUGGUAAAUAUUAGCUCUAUAAAUGCUUCUCUUAAGACUACCUUUUGUGAGACGCUAGGCCGACUGAACAAGAUAUUCUGCUUUAUCUUCUGCACACACAUCUGUGAUAUUGUCUGUUUUGCUCGUUCUGAUUGGCAGCAGUUACGGUGCAGAGUGCCCUGGUUGAGUUUAUAAUUGUCCCCUCUAUGACGAUGGGAAUUAAUGCUUUGGGCUUAAGUAGUUGUCUGGAAAAAGCUUUGUUGCAUCACCGAUAAUUGCACAGCAUGCUUAGAGUGAGCGAUUGUUUUCAGGUGCUGUGGUUGAAAUUAAUUAAAUGAAACACCUCGAGUGCA